AUGUCACUUUCAGGUCACAGAGAUUACGAAAGAGGGGUGUAUAGCUCCAAAUCUAGAGGAAAAACUGACUCCCAAGUAGAAACUCAAAGAGAAGAGGGUAAGAUCGGAGAUAACCUUGUCAGGAUCAAUAAGCGUUAUGAUCUUGGAGAGUUCAAAAGAUAUGUAGAGGAAGAUCUCCCGACUACCUCACAACUAUCAAAAACAAAGAAAGAUGAAGAUGAGAUGGAAAUUGAUCCAGAUGACCCUAUUCUGACAAAAGAAAGAGUUGAAGUCAUAGCCAAGAAAAGAUAUGAGAAGGACUGUAGUCCCUGGCUCACUCCUGAUAUCCAAUGAGAUAACGCUUGGAUACAACUACAUAACGAAAUUAUUGCGUUCUUCAACUUUUACGGACCCUGUGAAGAAGAGGAUUUCAUUAGAAAGCAAUUUUACAUAAGAGUCAGAGACCAGAUCAAAAGAAUUUGGCCAUAUGCCAAAGUAAAAGUAUUCGGCUCAACCGCUACUAGACUUUAUCUCCCCCAGAGUGAUAUUGAUCUAGUGGUUUUUCUACCAAAGAGUAAAGUUGAUGACUUGAAGUUGGUAAAAACAUUACAAAACAAGUUAUCUAAGCUAGAAUGGACAAGAUCAUGAGAAACUAUCGGUGCUAAAAUUCCUAUAGUCAAGCUAGAGGAUACUAUUUCAGGCCUGUUCAUGGAUAUCUCUUUUAACAAGUGAAGUGGCAUUGCUGCUAUUGAAAUGCUGCAGAAGUACAUCAAACUCUAUCCUGAGAUAAGGUAUCUUCUCCUCGUUUUAAAAGCAUUUUUGAAGAUUAGAGGUCUCAAUGAAAUGUUCCAAGGAGGUCUAAGCUCAUACUUGUUGACGAUAAUGGUUAUUAGCUACAUGCAAGAAAUAAAGAAGCAGGAUAAGAAUGAGAAUCUUCUUCUUUCAGAGCAUUUGUUGAACUUUUUCCAUCUCUAUGGUAUUAGGUUUAACUAUAAAGAACUUGGAAUAUCAAUCAGAAAUGGAGGAUUUUAUUUCCUUAGAUUAGAUAAAAGCUGGGAUAAUCCUUCCAGACCGAUUAGUCUAUGUGUUGAAAGUCCUCAAGAUCCAACCAUCGAUGUUGGAACUGGAGUCUACAAUAUGGCUAGUGUUCAGAGUGCUUUUCAGCAUGCUUAUGAAGCUAUGAGGUAUAAUUCUUCAGUGAAUCAAAGUAUCCUAAGAUCAAUUUUACGUCAGGUCCCAUACAAGAAGGUCAGAAUUGAACUUCUCGAACAAAGGCUAUUCCAAGGUCAACUUGAGACAACUCAGGAAGAUCAGAAUCUCGAAGAGGAGAAAAAAAUUGAUUCUCACCUAGAAGAUAGCAUGGAUGUUGACAAAGAUGAUUCCGCUCAGAAAGGUGCAAAAAUUGAUCCAGAAAAGCCAAAGAAAACUUCUUCCGAAGAGAAAGCCAAAACUACAACAACUGAGUCUAAAUCAGAACCUUCUAAAUCCACCAAGGAAGCUGAGCAACAAAAGAAAACAGUUGCUGAUAAACCAAAAGAACUUGAAAAAGACAAGGAAAAAGAACAGAAGUCCACUGAAAAGGAAUCAACCAAAGAAAAGCACCAAGAGCUGAAAAAAGAAAUUGAAGCCGAAAAGAAGUCUUCUGAAGAAAAAAUUGCUAACAAAAAGAAGAAGAUUGGCAAAGAGAAGGAGAAAUCAUCUAAUAAGAAGGAACUUGAACCUACAAAGAAGAAAGAUGACUCAAAAACUCAGAAGGAUGAGCAAAAAUUUAAGAAAGAAGAACUCAAAACUGACAAAGAGGAGGUUAAGUCUAAGAAGGAUGAUUCUAAAGCAAAGAAAGAUGAGACUAAGGCUAAGAAAGAUGACUCAAAAGAAAACAAACAAGACGCAACCCCUAAAGCGAAAUCUUCAAAACCUGCCAGUGAUAAAAAGUGUGGCGCCUCUACACUAGAAAAAGAGAAGAACGUUAAAGAUACUUUACCAUCCAAAGAAAAAUCUCAAGAAGCAGCGGAUGAUAAAGAUACCAAAAAGGAUAUUAUCAAAGAAAAGAAGACCGAAGAAACAAAGAAGAUUUCAGAGAAAGCCAAAACUGAGCAAAAAGAGGCCAAAAAGAAGCUGACUGACAAACCAAAAACAUCUAAACCUGAUAAAGAACAUAAACCCAAAGCUAAGCCAGAAAUCAAGGAAGAAGACAUGGAGGUAGACUCUCAAGACGAUGGCAAGAAAGAAAAAGAUACCAAAGAAGUAAAACAUAAAGAAGCUACCAAACAGAGUGUUAAGGAUAAGCCAAAGGUCAAGCAACAGAAAGACCUCACUGAUGUUCAGAAAAAGGCUGAAGUCAAAGAACAUAGAAAAGUAGUAAAGACUGAGAAACCAAAAGACUCUGCUAAGGACUCACCAGUGGAAAAAGAAAAGUUAAAGAAGAAGAAAUCUAAAUCAAAAACAAAGUCUAAACUCAAGGAAACAGAAAAACUUGCCAAAAAGCAGAAGAGGGAUAAAUCGAGAUCAUCUAAAAGGGUUACGAAAUCUCCAUCAGUAGCUAAGAAGAAAGAGAAAGCAAGCAAGAAAACUGAUGAAGACACUCAAAAACCUGAAAAAGAAGCCGUCAAAACUGAGAAGAAAUUUAAAGACACUGAAAAAGUAAAGGAGAAAGAAGACAAGAAGGAAAAGAGAAAGGUUAAGUCUAGAGCAAGAGAAAGGUCUAAGUCUAAACCUUCUAAACAUGCAAAAGAAGAUGAAGAUACUCAGAAAAAUACUAAAUCCUCAAAGAAACUGAAGAAACGAGAUAAGAAAGCAUCUGAGAAAUCUCAAGAAAAGAAACAUGAAUCCUCUGGAUCACCUAAAAUAGACGAACCAAACCCCUCUAAAAAACCUCGAAAAUCAAAAAAUCAAAAAUCUCCCAAAAAGUCCAAAAACCCCAAAACCCCAAAACCCCAAAACCCCUAUAAAUUUAAUAUUUAUUGAAUUAUUAUAAAUACUAUUUCCAAGAGCAGAGAUUGAGCUAAUUACCUCGCUAAAUUUAGUAUGAAAAUUCUCAAAAAUCUCCCAAUAGCAUUGUGCAUAAUUUUGUAUGUAAAACUAUUAAUUUUAAGUCAAAGUGGAGAUCAUCAACGAUUUUGGAAUAAAUAG